UCGAACCAAAAACACAUCCAACGAACACGAUGACAACGAACCGAAUCACCAGACUUCUGGUGUUGCUAGUGUUGACCGCCCUGGUGGCCAGCCAUCAGGCGCAUGCCGCCGCCGUGGGACUCAAGUGCGGUGGCAAGAGCGCCGUCUGCGUGGGACCACUCUCCUAUCAGCAGUGCGUUGAUGACCUGACCUCCGGUCCGGUGGUGCCAUGCGCAUUGAACACCCGCUGUGUCACCGAUGGCCUCGAGAUCUGUGUGCCGGUCAAGUCGGCCGCUGAGGCGCCCACGGCGGCUGUCGCCAAGAUGGUGACCAUCACAGACAGUCCCAUUGUGAGCGAGUCGGCUCCACUUGUGGAUUCCACCACCAGCGGUUCCGGCGUAGAGAUCUCCACCGAGGGUGCACCAACCAGCGCUGUUCCAACUAAGCCAUCUACUCCGGUUGAGACCACUCAGGCACCGGUAGAGACCACCCAGAUUCCGGUUGAGACCACCCAGAUUCCGGUUGAGACCACGCAGAUUCCGGUUGAGACCACCCAGAUUCCGGUUGAGACCACCCAGAUUCCGGUUGAGACUACUCUGGCUCCGCUUGAAACCACCCAAGCUCCCGGCGAGACAACUACAGCAGCCAUUGAAGAGACUACCACUGGGUCGGAAGCACCACUGGAUCCGGAAUCGACGGUGCCCAGCGAUACCACUCCCGUGGACUCCACAUUGGCACCCGGAUCGGAAGGCAUUUACCCAACCAUUGAACCCAACACACCAGGAGAAGAUCCCAACGCUCCUGCGGUAACUACUCUUGCUCCUAGCGAAGUCGAUCCCAACAGCCCCAUCUACCCCAAUUCCCCUCUGGACCCGAACGCACCAGAAGAAUCUACUAACGAACCCAGUGCAGCUCCUGGCACCCCGGCUGAUGUAACCACUGCCGCUCCUGGCACCCCAGCCGAUGGAUCUUCUGCCGCUCCUGGCACCCCGGCUGAUGGAUCUUCUGCUGCUCCUGGUUCUCCUGCUGAUGUCACUACAGCCGCUCCUGGUGCUCCAGCCGAUGGAUCAUCUGCCGCUCCUGGAUCUCCCGCUGAAGGAUCUUCCGCUGCUCCUGGCUCUCCUGCUGAUGUCACUACUGCCGCUCCUGGCGCUCCAGCUGAUGGAUCAUCUGCCGCUCCUGGUUCUCCCGCUGAAGGAUCUUCCGCUGCUCCUGGUUCUCCUGCUGAUGUCACUACUGCCGCUCCUGGUGCUCCAGCCGAUGGAUCUUCUGCCGCUCCUGGUUCUCCAGCUGAAGGAUCUUCCGCUGCUCCUGGCUCUCCUGCUGAUGUCACCACUGCCGCUCCUGGCGCUCCAGCUGAUGGAUCAUCUGCCGCUCCUGGUUCUCCAGCCGAUGGAUCUUCUGCCGCUCCUGGUUCUCCAGCUGAAGGAUCUUCCGCUGCUCCUGGUUCUCCUGCUGAUGUCACCACUGCCGCUCCUGGCGCUCCAGCUGAUGGAUCAUCUGCCGCUCCUGGUUCUCCAGCCGAUGGAUCUUCUGCCGCUCCUGGUUCUCCAGCUGAAGGAUCUUCCGCUGCUCCUGGCUCUCCUGCUGAUGUCACUACUGCCGCUCCUGGUUCUCCAGCUGAAGGAUCUUCCGCUGCUCCUGGCUCUCCUGCUGAUGUCACUACUGCCGCUCCUGGCGCUCCAGCUGAUGGAUCAUCUGCCGCUCCUGGUUCUCCCGCCGAAGGAUCUUCCGCUGCUCCUGGUUCUCCUGCUGAUGUCACUACUGCCGCUCCUGGUGCUCCAGCCGAUGGAUCUUCUGCCGCUCCUGGUUCUCCAGCUGAAGGAUCUUCCGCUGCUCCUGGUUCUCCUGCUGAUGUCACUACUGCCGCUCCUGGUUCUCCAGCUGAAGGAUCUUCCGCUGCUCCUGGUUCUCCUGCUGAUGUCACCACUGCCGCUCCGGGCGCUCCAGCUGAUGGAUCAUCUGCUGCUCCUGGUUCUCCAGCUGAAGGAUCUUCCGCUGCUCCUGGCUCUCCUGCUGAUGUCACCACUGCCGCUCCUGGCGCUCCAGCUGAUGGAUCAUCUGCCGCUCCUGGUUCUCCAGCCGAUGGAUCUUCUGCCGCUCCUGGUUCUCCUGCUGAUGUCACUACUGCCGCUCCUGGUGCUCCAGCCGAUGGAUCUUCUGCCGCUCCUGGUUCUCCAGCUGAAGGAUCUUCCGCUGCUCCUGGUUCUCCUGCUGAUGUCACUACUGCCGCUCCUGGCGCUCCGGCUGAAGGAUCAUCUGCCGCUCCUGGCUCUCCAGCUGAAGGAUCUUCCGCUGCUCCUGGUUCUCCUGCUGAUGUCACUACUGCCGCUCCUGGUGCUCCAGCCGAUGGAUCUUCUGCCGCUCCUGGUUCUCCAGCUGAAGGAUCUUCCGCUACUCCUGGUUCUCCUGCUGAUGUCACUACUGCCGCUCCUGGCGCUCCGGCUGAUGGAUCAUCUGCCGCUCCUGGCUCUCCAGCUGAAGGAUCUUCCGCUGCUCCUGGUUCUCCUGCUGAUGUCACUACUGCCGCUCCUGGUUCUCCAGGCGAUGGAUCAUCUGCCGCCCCUGGCUCUCCAGCUGAAGGAUCUUCCGCUGCUCCUGGUUCUCCUGCUGAUGUCACUACUGCCGCUCCUGGCGCUCCGGCUGAAGGAUCAUCUGGCGCUCCUGGCUCUCCAGCUGAAGGAUCUUCCGCUGCUCCUGGUUCUCCUGCUGAUGUCACUACUGCCGCUCCUGGCGCUCCAGCUGAUGGAUCAUCUGCCGCUCCUGGCUCUCCAGCUGAAGGAUCUUCCGCUGCUCCUGGUUCUCCUGCUGAUGUCACUACUGCCGCUCCUGGUUCUCCAGGCGAUGGAUCAUCUGCCGCCCCUGGCUCUCCAGCUGAAGGAUCUUCCGCUGCUCCUGGUUCUCCUGCUGAUGUCACUACUGCCGCUCCUGGCGCUCCAGCUGAUGGAUCAUCUGCCGCUCCUGGUUCUCCCGCUGAAGGAUCUUCCGCUGCUCCUGGCUCUCCUGCUGAUGUCACCACUGCCGCUCCGGGCGCUCCAGCUGAUGGAUCAUCUGCCGCUCCUGGCUCUCCAGCUGAAGGAUCUUCCGCUGCUCCUGGUUCUCCUGCUGAUGUCACUACUGCCGCUCCUGGCGCUCCAGCUGAUGGAUCAUCUGCCGCUCCUGGUUCUCCCGCUGAAGGAUCUUCCGCUGCUCCUGGCUCUCCUGCUGAUGUCACCACUGCCGCUCCGGGCGCUCCAGCUGAUGGAUCAUCUGCCGCUCCUGGUUCUCCAGCCGAUGGAUCUUCUGCCGCUCCUGGUUCUCCAGCUGAUGUCACUACUGCCGCUCCUGGCGCUCCAGCCGAUGGAUCUUCUGCCGCUCCUGGUUCUCCAGCUGAAGGAUCUUCCGCUGCUCCUGGCUCUCCUGCAGAUGUCACCACUGCCGCUCCUGGCGCUCCAGCUGAUGGAUCAUCUGCCGCUCCUGGUUCUCCAGCUGAAGGAUCUUCCGCUGCUCCUGGUUCUCCUGCUGAUGUCACUACUGCCGCUCCUGGCGCUCCAGCUGAUGGAUCAUCUGCCGCUCCUGGUUCUCCCGCUGAAGGAUCUUCCGCUGCUCCUGGCUCUCCGGCUGAUGUCUCUACUGCCGCUCCUGGCGCUCCAGCUGAUGGAUCAUCUGCCGCUCCUGGUUCUCCAGCUGAAGGAUCUUCCGCUGCUCCUGGCUCUCCUGCUGAUGUCACCACGGCCGCUCCUGGUUCUCCUGCUGAAGUAUCCCCUCCCGCUGGAGGAGCCCCUGCUGAUCCGAAUGUCCCCGCUGGUGGAGCCCCUGCUGAUUCCAAUGCCCCCGCUGGAGGAGCCCCUGCUGAUUCCAAUGCCCCCGCUGGAGGAGCCCCCUCUGGUUCCAAUGUCCCUGCUGGAGGAUCCCCUGCUGAUUCCAAUGUCCCCGCUGGAGGAGCCCCUGCUGAUCCGAAUGUCCCUGCUGGUGGAGUCCCUGCUGAUUCCAAUGCCCCCGCUGGUGGAGCCCCUGCUGAUUCCAAUGCCCCCGCUGGAGGAGCCCCCUCUGGUUCCAAUGUCCCUGCUGGAGGAUCCCCUGCUGAUUCCAAUGUCCCCGCUGGUGGAGCCCCUGCUGAUUCCAAUGUCCGCGCUGGAGGAACCCCUGCUGGUUUCAAUGCUCCGGCUGGUAGCUCCCCUGGAUCAUCUGCUCCGGUACCAAAUCCGCCAGCUAGCCCAGUUGUACCAUCGAUUCCUGUACUUCCUGGCGGAUCUGGCUCUUGGCCUUGGCAUCCUCGACCGAACAUUCCAGUCUUGCCACCAACCUGGAGGCCUCUGCUGCCUGGACAAAAUGGCUCAGGUGCUCCUGGGAGUGGGCUAAUCAAUGGCAGCGUCAACCCGCCCCAACGCCCCCAUCCCUUCUGGCCCAACUGGCAAAACUGGGUGAACAGCUGGCGACCAACAAAGCCAGUUCCUAGCACCGAGGCUCCUGCCCAACCGCAGAAUCCUCAGCAGCCGCAGCAACCCCAAAACCCACAGCAGCCCCAGCAACCGCAGAAUCCUCAACAGCCUGGAAACAACAAUCCUGAGACCGCCGAAAGCGUAGAGCAAGCUGCUCCAGUACCACCAGCCAAUGGACCAGCGUCCAACGAGAAUGCCUCCGUCGAGGAGCGCAACAAAGCUUCCAGCGAGAAGUCGAAGGACAAGCCAAAGUCCGGUGAGGAUCAGUCCAAGGAGCAGGAACAGAAGAAGCCCAGCUCUGAGGAGAAAGAGAAGGACAGCAAGGAGAAGAACGACAAGGACAGCAAAGAGAAAAAGGACAACGAUAGCAAGGACAAGAAGGACAAGUCCAAGGAGGAGAAGGACAACGAGUCCCAGAAGGACAACGAAGGCGACGACGAGCCGAGCUCCAAGGAGAAGAGGCAAUACGUGAAGGACCUGAUCAAGAAGCUAAAGAAGGGUGAAGAGUGCGACGAGGACGACGUCUAUCCGGAUGUCCGGGAUUGCCGCAAAUACUACCGCUGCGAGGUCAAGAAGUCCGGCAAGCACAAGUUCGCCCACCUGCGCUGCGACAAGAAGGAGCGAUUCGACUGGCUUACCCAGUCCUGUGUGCCCAAGGACGAGGCCCGCUGUCUGGAGAAAUAGGACUGGCUUGGGACACAUAUCCAUCUUCGUUCGAUUCUCCGCUUCGCAAUGAUAACGCCACAAUCAACUGCACUUUAAUAUUGGCAAUGAUAUUCUAACUCCAUUUCCUUGGUCCUACCUAAUUUAUUGCACUUAAACUUAAAUAUCUUACAUUUUUUUGUUUUCCCUAUUAAAUCUUGAACUUUAUGAAAAUCUGGCAAA